AUGUCCUACCCGGAUCCCAACCACGGCCGAAGUCACCCCCACCAAUCAAUACCUCUGCAAGACCUCAAUCGCCCACCCGACGGCUUCGACGAAGAUGCGUCGCAAGAACACCGGCGCACUCUCAGCGACCGCGGGCGCAAUCUGCUCAGACAGGCCGGCGCGAUAGGUACAGGGGGACAUUUUCGCGACUCUCAGUACUCGCCCAUCGUAGAGGUGUCGCCCAGCCCUACGCGAUACGCACCGCCGCACAUUAACACCAAUCUACCCCCUUCGCAUAAUGGCAUCCGAAGGGUCGUGGACGACGAAGAGCCUGGCUCGCCCUUGGACGCGGGCGCAUUCCAGGCGGCCAUUGGAUUUGGCAUGGGCAUGGAAUUCCAGGGCGACACAUCGCCGCCAAUACCGACGCCGGCAUCGUCCAUGUCCUACACACACACACCCUAUGGGCACGAACCGUACGUCGACAGAUCUACCUCGGAAGACCACGACUACUUCUCCCCCACCUACGACGAUACCGCCCGCUUGACCGACGCGCGCAAUCUCCAACCGAUAAGCGGAGCUACAGCCCCUUCCACUCCCAACGAGCGAUCCAGCUUCCAGAGUGUGCACUUUCUCAGCCCUGGUGAUGCCUCGCCGACAGCCCGGCAUGGCGGCGACAUUGGGCAGGUGGAGGCUGGCAACGUGCGCGACUCACGAGGAAGGAAGCGCUCGUUAUCGCCUGGCAAUUUCGAGUCGCCUCUACACAGGGCUGGGACUAUUAUGCGGAACAUGUCCCAGCGUGUUGUCAAUGUCAGCAACGACUCUCAGGUCGCUGAGCGAACCAUCCAACGGAAAUCCACCAUACACCAAGGACGCCUUGCACCUCCUCUGUCCAUCCCACCACUGCCCGAGUACUCUAAUGACGGUCCUACCUCGCCUGUUCCCUCCACGCCACUCGAGAAGCCGCCGUCACCGAUCGUGUACUCAAGGACACCAAGCGCAUCAUGGAACCAUCCACCAAAUCCCUUGCGCGGGAAGAGUCUUGGCAUUUUCCCUGCUGACAGCAAAUUGAGAAUCAGGCUUUGCGACCUGCUUGUGCAUCCUGUCACAGAGCCACUGCUGCUCGUUCUUAUCGUGAUUCAGACGGUUUUACUAGCAGUGGAUGCGCGUACGAGGGCAGUCUAUAACACUGGGCACAGCAAAGAAAUCUCGACUUUCAAUGGCAUCGACUGGGCUCUCAUGGGCCUUUUCAUCAUAUACACAUUCGAGGUCAUUGUCCGCAUCAUCGUCUCUGGUUUCAUUAUCAAUCCCGUCGAGUACAGCACCAUCAACCGCCAGGUCGGCUUGCGCGAGGCUGUCAUGAGUAAAGCAAAUCAGCUAUUUUCGGGUCUCCACCGACAGCCUUCACAGCGAAAAACGGGCACCAACACCGACUUUGCUCCAGACCCCCAGCAGCCUUCCGUGCUCCGGUCCUUCACUACUGCACAGAUGCACACCGACAUCGGAGUAGGCGAUGCACGUCACCAAGUACGUACUCGCCUCGCGCAUCGGGCAUAUCUCAGGCACUCGUUUAAUCGAACCGACUUUGUUGCCGUUGUCUCGUACUGGAUUGCUUUUGUCCUAGGAUUGUGGAACAUUGAUAAUAGCCGAGUCAUACUCGUGUUCGACAUGUUGAGCUGUUUGCGAAUCAUCCGUCUUCUGAACCUCACCAGCGGAACCUCCGUCAUUCUCCGAAGUUUGAAGAAGGCUGCGCCUUUGCUGGUCAACGUCGCCUUCCUCAUCGGAUUCUUCUGGCUGCUCUUCUCCAUCGUCGGUGUCCAAAGUUUCAAAUCAAGUCUGCGGAGAAAUUGCGUGUGGUUAGCUCCGGAGGGACAGCCAAACUUCACGAAUGAUGCCCAAUUCUGCGGUGGCCAUUUAGCCGACAUCGAAGGCUAUCAUCCCCAAACAUACAUACCUGCGGCGGGCAUGCCACCUGGGCCUGACCACGGCAAAGGCUUUCUUUGUCCAAAGGGCUCAGUCUGCGUUGAGAAUGACAACCCUUUUGCAGGCACGAAGAGCUUCGACAACAUCCUCCAGUCUCUUGAGCUUGUAUUCGUCAUCAUGUCGUCCAACACGUGGUCCGACUUGCUCUACACGGUAGCUGAUACCGACUACCUCAUCAGUGCUCUUUUCUUCAUCGUAGGGCUGUUAAUCCUGAGUUUGUGGCUCAUCUCUCUUUUGAUUGCUGUCAUCACAUCCUCCUUCCAAAUCAUCCGCGAAGAAAGCAAGACCAGUGCUUUCACCGGAGUGGAGAUCAAAGAUGAAGAUGCAGAGAAGAACGACGAGAAACAGCGCGUGAGUAGUCUCAAACGUCUCUACGACAGGACUCUAUGGGUAUGGGUGGCUGUCAUAGCCUUUGGCCUUGUUGCUCAAAUGAUGAGAAGCGCCAACAUGAGCGACUUUCGCCGUUUUUUCAUCAAUGCCGCAGAAAUUGUCGUCACCUUCAUACUGUUCGUUGAGAUUCUCGUACGAAUUGUUGUCGACUGGAGGCAUUUCUUCAGGAGCAGGCGCAACGUCAUCGACCUUAUGAUCGCCAUCAUCACAGCUGUCAUACAGAUACCAGCCAUCAAGCAUGCACACAAUGGAAAAGCCUACGCCUGGUUGUCGAUAUUCCAGAUCCUUCGUGUCUAUCGCGUUGUCUUGGCUGUGCCGAUGACACGCGACCUCAUCACAGUCGUGUUCGGAAACGCGGGUGGUCUAUUGAACUUGAUUCUCUUUGUGUUCCUUUUGACUUUUCUAGCAUCCAUCUUCGCCUCAAAGCUGCUCCGCGGCGAAAUUCCGGAGGAAGACGAUGGCGAGACAAUUCGCGUGCCGUUCUUCGACAUCUACAAUUCGUUCUUGGGAAUGUACCAAAUAUUUUCCAGUGAAGAUUGGACAAGUAUCCUGUACACUGUUACCCAAUUCCAGAAGCCGUUUGGCACAGCAUGGAUUGGAGCGUCUUUCUGUAUCAUGUGGUUCAUUUUCGCUAAUUUCAUUGUCCUGAACAUGUUUAUUGCUGUCAUCCAGGAGAACUUCGAUGUGUCUGAGGAUGAGAAGCGCUUACAGCAAGUCAAAGCGUUUCUGCAGCAAAAGGAAGAUGGUCUCACUUCGUCCACUGGUAAUCUAUCUCUGUCAUCCAUCUUCAAACUCGGGCAGGCACGACGCAGAGAUCCACUCGACUAUGGACACGCCGCCACAGAAAUGCUGCUCAAGGAUGCGGUCGUCCGUGACUUUCUUGACGAGGCAGACGGUAGCGAAAGCCCACAAGAAGAAGACCCGCGACCAGGCAUCCGCCCAGCCAAGACUAUAGUAGGAUCGGGGACCAUGUCCACAAUCUGGCAACGAUUCCAGCGUCGAAUCAUACACCGGGAGCCCAACCCUUUCUACGCUCCUCUCGACUUCGGCCGCGCAUAUGAGGAUCUUGACCCAAGAAGCAUGGCAAAGGAGGUUGUCUCAGCUACCGAGAGGCGUAAGAAGGCUCAACGCGAGUAUUUACGAAACCACCCCAACUACAACGUUUCCCUGUUCAUCUUCCGAGCCAACAACCCCAUACGCAAGCUAUGUCAGCGUGUCGUAGGCCCUGGCCGCGGUGGUGACCGUAUCGAAGGAGUAGCUCCAUCUGUCCCUGUCUGGUAUGCGUUCUCGGCAUUCAUCUAUGCUGCAAUUAUCGCCAUGGUACUGUUGGCCUGUAUCACAACGCCGCUGUACCAACGCGAGUACUUCAUGACCCACGAGUUCAGCGUCAAGAACUGGUUCGUAUGGGUAGACAUGGGCUUUGCGGUGCUCUUCAGCAUCGAGGCGCUGAUCAAAGUGAUUGCUGAUGGUUUCUUUUGGACACCCAAUGCCUACUUCCGCGGCUCUUGGGGCUUCAUAGAUGGCAUUGUAUUGAUUACUCUUUGGGUCAAUGUUGGCACCUCGUUCUUGAACGAAGGCCAAGUCACUAGAACCGUGGGCGCAUUCAAAGCUUUGAGGGCUCUACGUUUGCUCAACAUCAGCGACAGUGCACGGAACCACUUCCACGCGCUCAUCGUUCGCGGUUGGUGGAAACUGUUCUCGGCUGCUUUCGUGUCGUUGAGUCUGUUGAUCCCCUUUGCCAUCUACGGUCUGAAUCUCUUCGUCGGUCAACUACAGUCCUGCAACGAUGGUGACUUCCCUGGAGGCGCUAGUCUCCGAGACUGUGUGGGAGAAUACAACAGCAAGCCUUUCGACUGGGAGGUUUUAGCCCCACGCCAAGCUGCCAAUCCCUAUUACGACUUCGAUAACUUCGGAGAUGCCCUCUUCAUCUUGUUCCAGAUUGUUUCCCAAGAAGGCUGGACAGACAACAUGUGGACUGCAAUGAGUAUCACCGGAGUUUACACACAGCCAGCAGACAGAGCAUCGCAGGGCAACUCUGUCUACUUCAUCGUCUUCAACUUGCUCGGAGCUGUCUUCGUGUUGACGCUGUUUGUUUCCGUCUUUAUGCGCAACUACACGGAACAGACUGGUGUCGCCUUUUUGACGACAGAUCAGCGCUCCUGGCUUGAACUACGAAAGCUCCUUCGUCAAGUCGCUCCAUCCAAGCGACCUUCGUCCACCAAGGUACGAGAGAGCUGGGAAGAGUGGUGUUACCGUAGGGCGGUCACCAAGACCGGACCAUGGCAGAGAUUUAUUACUGGCGUUCUGAUACUGCACCUCCUGCUGCUGUGUUUGGAGUGGUAUCCCGGUUAUGGCCCAUGGGAGGUAGCUAGGGACUACAUCUUCCUUGCGCUUACCAUCGUCUUCAUUGCGAACAUCGUCAUCCGUAUCAUCGGUCGCUCAUGGCACCGUUUCCGGAGAAGCGCAUGGGACAUAUACUCAAUCUUCUCGGUUGCGGGGACUUUCGUGACAUCGAUUCUUGUGUUAGCGAAGGAUGAUGUUAGGCCCUUCGUCCAGCUGCACAAGCUCUUCCUUGUCUCCAUUGCUCUCAUGCUCAUCCCUCGGAACAAUCAACUCGACCAGCUGUUCAAGACUGCUGCAGCAAGUCUCGCAUCCAUCGCAAACCUGCUCGCCACAUGGUUCGUCCUGUUUCUGGUAUACGCCAUCGCCCUCACGCAAACUUUUGGUCUUACCAGAUUUGGAGCUAGCGAGACUGGAAACAUCAACUUCCGGACAGUACCCAAAGCACUCGUCUUUCUCUUUGUGAUGAGUGGUGGCGAGGGCUGGAAUGAGUUCAUGGAGGACUUUGCAAACGUCGACAAACCUUACUGCACCGUGGGCAGAAGAUACUUCGACAGUGACUGCGGUAGUCCCGAGUGGGCGCGAGCUCUCUUCAUCACUUGGAACAUCUUGAGCAUGUACAUCUUCGUCAACUUGUUCGUCUCGUUGAUAUACGAGAGUUUCAGUUACGUGUAUCAAAGGAGUAGCGGGCUGUCAGUCAUCAGCCGAGAGGAAAUUCGUCGCUUCAAACAAGCCUGGGCUGAGUACGAUCCAAACGGGACCGGCUACAUCUCGAGAGAAGUGUUCCCCAGGCUUCUGGGUGAACUGUCCGGUAUCUUCGAGAUGCGUAUCUAUGACUGCGACUUCACUGUGAAUCGAUUGAUCGAAGAGUGUGGGGUGGCACCCGGAAGGGAGUCCAAUCUUCCUGUGUCAGGCCGUGAACCAACCAAGGAGAUCGACCUGGACAAACUGAACCGGUGUCUCGCCCAGCUACCAGUCGCGGAGAUACGUCGCAGACGAAGGCGUAUGAAUCUUUUCUAUGAGGAAGUACUUGUGUCGAGCGAUCCCGACAGAGGCGUUGGGUUUUCAUCACUACUUAUGAUUCUGGCUCAUCACAAAGUCAUCAACGACAACAAGAGCUUGAGACUGGAAGAGUUCUUGAGACGCAGAGCUCGUCUACAAAGAAUCGAAGAAGCUGUCCGCCGUAACGUGGUCAAAGGGUUUUUCGACACACUAUACUGGGCACGGCGCUUCCGUCGUGCGAUGGACCUGAAGAAGCAGGGGCGUAUGGCAACAGUGCCCCAGUUCACUGUUCCCGAGAUUUUCAUCGACGACGAGGACAUCACAAAUGCCCAGCGAACUCAAUCUUCUGGACCUCCCAGUCCUCUCUUCUCACCUCAAGAUCUCUACGCACCUUCCCCUCGCAACUCUGCUGGCGCGUCUACUUCGCCACCGGCCUUCCCUUAUGACCGGACAAGGAGCAGAACCAACUCGAUACAACAAACACCGACAGGCUCACCUACACGGGGAAGCCCGCAGCCAUCACCGUUCUCCAUGUCUGGCAGCGAGCAAGAAUGGCAGUUUGCCUCGGCGCUUAGUCGACCACCCAGUCCUCUCGAAGUCGAUCCUGGGCAAGCGAACAGUCGUAGCCGAGCAAAUAGCGCAGUCAGUGCGGCAGAUGUUUUGGAAGUGCUUGACAACUCCGCAUGGGGCGAAUCGAUUAGAAGGAGUUUCACUCAGCGGCGGCGCAGCUAG